CCUUCUGUGUCAUUGUAAUUUUUUUCGCGAAAGAAAGACGCCCCUCUCCGAUGUUUUUGCAAUUUUCAUAGGAAAAUUCCCGCAUCUGCUUGAGUUUUUCCUGUGAAAAGACACCCACAGCAAUUUCCAGUAAGUGCUUUCAGUGGAAUUUGGUGAAGUUUUGCGUGGGAAACCAGUGAAAAGUGCAGUGCGAAGAAAUCCUCCCAGCGAGACAAAACAAAAAUGUCAGACUUUGGCACAAUUGCAAUGAAAUGGGAUCCAAAGAACCUGGAGAUCCGGACGAUGUCUGUGGAGAAGACGCUGGAGCCGCUAGUGCUGCAGGUGACCACCCUCGUGAGCACCAAGGGGCCCAGCAAGAAGAAGAAAGGCAAAUCAAAGCGUGCUAGCGCUCUUGUAGCCGCUGUGGAGAAGGCCACGGAGAACUUUGUGGAACGUGGCGAGCAGAUUGCUUAUGAGAAUCCUGAUAUUACGCACGAGAUGCUGGCUGCCGUGGAGGAAGUUCGCAAAACAGGCUCCUCAAUGAGUAUUGCCGCCAGGGAAUUCUCCGAGGAUCCCUGCAGCAGCCUCAAGCGUGGAAAUAUGAUUCGUGCAGCGAGAAAUCUCCUUUCCGCCGUGACACAUCUCCUUGUCCUGGCUGACAUGGUGGAUGUGUACUGCUUGCUGAAGAGCCUUCGCGUGGUCGAAGGGGAUCUCGAUAAGCUUCAGACGGCCAGCAGUCAGGAUGAAUUGCUCAACAAUAUGCGUCAAUUUGGCAAUCAUGCCAAUGAACUGAUUAAGAAGGCAGCUAAGCGUCAGCAAGAACUGAAGGAUCCACAGCUGCGUGAUGAUUUGGCAGCUGCACGUGCUGUCCUGAAGAAGCACUCAACGAUGCUCCUCACGGCCUCAAAGGUCUACGUACGUCAUCCGGAGCUGGAUUUGGCCAAGGUGAAUCGCGAUGAAGUCUUCAAGCAGGUCUGCAAAGCCGUUGAAACCAUCAGCAAUGUGGCUGAAGGGAAGACAACCGAUGGGUCGGAUAUGUUCUCCGGAGGUGGUGAACUUGCAGCUGCUCUCGAUGACUUUGACGAUGGCAUCAUUAUCGAUCCACUGGCCUACAAUGAGAUGCGUUCCCGGCCAUUCCUUGAGAAGCGUCUCGAGGAGAUUAUCAGUGCUGCUGCCCUGAUGGCCGAUGCUGACUGUACACGUGAUGAACGACGUGAACGCAUUGUGGCUGAAUGCAAUGCCGUACGUCAAGCACUGCAGGAUCUACUCUCGGAAUACAUGUCCAAUGUGGGGAAGAAGGAACAAACUCCAGCUCUUGAACGCGCUAUUGGACAGAUGUGCCGCAAGACACGCGAUUUACGUCGUCAAUUGCGCAAAGCGGUGGUUGAUCAUGUCUCUGACAGCUUCCUGGAGACAAAUAUGCCUCUCUUGGAUCUCAUUGAGGCAGCCAAGGCGGCAAAUGAGAAGCGUGUGCGCGAGAAGGCAGAAGUGUUUAAGAAGCACGCUGAAAAGCUCGUUGAAGUUGCCAAUCUUGUAUGCAGCAUGUCUAACAAUGAGGAUGGCGUGAAGAUGGUACGCUAUGCUGCUGUGCAGAUUGACAAACUCUGCCCACAGGUCAUCAAUGCAGCUCUCAUCCUCACGGCACGUCCCAGCAGCAAGGUUGCUCAGGAGAACAUGGAAGCCUAUCGUAUGGCUUGGGAGAAUCAAGUUCGCAUCCUCACGGAAGCUGUGGAUGACAUCACCACAAUUGAUGACUUCCUGGCUGUCUCUGAGAAUCACAUCCUCGAAGAUGUCAAUAAGUGCGUUCUGGCACUGCAGGAGGGCUAUGCUAAAGACCUCCGGAUUACAGCUGGAGCCAUUCAGGGACGUUCUGUGCGUGUUUGCAAUGUUGUUGAAGCUGAAAUGGAUAACUACGAACCAUGCGUGUACACCAAACGUGUCCUGGAAGCCGUUAAAGUUCUCCGGGAGCAGGUGAUGUCGAAAUUUGCUCAACGCGUCAACGUUGCAUGCGAUGCAUUGGAAUCCAAUUCGCAAAAGGAUGUGGAUGAGAAUGAUUUCAUUGAUGCAUCUCGUCUUGUCUACGACGGGGUCCGUGAGAUUCGUCGUGCUGUACUGAUGAAUAGAAGCUCAGAGGAUUUGGACACAGACACGGAGUUUGAACCCGUUGAGGAUAUGACACUUGAGACGCGCAGUCGAUCAAGCGCCCAUACUGGCGAAGGAACUGUUGAUGAGUAUCCGGACAUUAGUGGAAUCACCACAGCUAGGGAAGCAAUGAGGAAGAUGAAUGAGGAGGAUAAGCAAAAGAUUGCUCAGCAAGUGGAGCUCUUCCGUCGUGAGAAGUUGACAUUUGAUUCAGAAGUGGCCAAAUGGGAUGACACUGGGAAUGACAUUAUCUUCCUGGCUAAGCAUAUGUGCAUGAUUAUGAUGGAAAUGACGGACUUUACACGUGGUCGUGGUCCGUUAAAGACCACAAUGGAUGUCAUUAAUGCAGCCAAGAAGAUCAGUGAAGCAGGAACAAAGCUCGAUAAGUUAACACGGGAGAUUGCAGAGCAAUGCCCAGAGAGCUCCACGAAGAAAGAUCUUUUGGCUUAUCUACAGAGAAUUUCACUGUACUGCCAUCAGAUUCAGAUUACAUCCAAAGUGAAGGCGGAUGUGCAGAAUAUCAGUGGAGAAUUGAUUGUUUCCGGACUUGACAGUGCAACAUCCCUGAUCCAGGCAGCAAAGAAUCUCAUGAAUGCCGUCGUCCUCACCGUUAAGUACUCCUACGUGGCAUCUACAAAGUACACACGUCAGGGAACAGUUGCGUCUCCGAUUGUGGUGUGGAAGAUGAAGGCGCCCGAGAAGAAGCCCCUUGUGCGCCCAGAGAAGCCCGAGGAGGUGCGCGCAAAAGUCCGGAAGGGAUCACAGAAGAAGGUUCAGAAUCCAAUUCAUGCCCUCUCUGAAUUCCAGAGCCCCGCCGAUGCUCUUUAAACGCCCCCUUCCAAGCAUUUUUUUGCAUUUCGUUUCUCUAUUUUUUUUACACAAAAAAAACUUUUUAUUUUUUAUUAUUUUCGUGUACUGAAAGUUUACACAGAAAGAUAUUUUUUAAUUAUUUUUUUUCACUAUUUAUAAGAAAGUUAUUUAAGAAAACAGUAUUAGAGGCAAUUUAUAUUUCUAUUCCCAUAUUAUUUCAAGGCACAAUCGAAUAUAUUUUCUUUUUUUUCUAUUUAAAAAAAAAAAGAAAAACCUUUUCAAAACGCACGAAAAAUCGGUGAAUAAAUUUUAAAUUUAGGUAAAUUGUAGUUUAUAAAUCAAGAAAAAACUAUCGAUUAGAAUAUUCGGAAAAGAGAGAGAAAAAAAAUUAAGCUUAAAAUGCAACUUUAACCACCAUUUUUUCCCAAUAAAUAAAAUAAAAGAAAAUAUCUCCUAAAAUAAAUAGAAAAAAAUCUAUCGACAUAAAAAUAAAGAAUAAAAUAGAAAAGAUAUUGAAGCAUAGAAAUGACAUGGAAGAUGGAUCAUUAUUAUUAUACAAUAAAAUAUAUUUUAGACUUUAGAAGGUGAAUAAAUAAAAUUAAAAAUAAAUAAAUAAAAGUUCUACACAUGAAAAAAGUAAUUUUUAAUGGAAGGAUUAAGGAAGAAAAAACGAUGAAUGUAAUAUGAGAAAAGUUGACGAAUUUGUGAAGCUUUUCUCUGUCUGUGUUUCAAAGUAUUGAAGAUUUUUUUUUCAAUAAAUAUAUAGUGGGAAAACUCUCAAGUAAAA